GUUGUAUUGCCGGAAAUUGAAAUGAUGCAGCUGCAGCCGAGAUCGAGUUCUCGCUUGUUGAACGGCCGAACUCGCACCGCCACCUUUACGGAAGACAUCGUGUCGGAUAACUGGACUUUUCGGGGCGACCGAGCUUAUCAAGGUAAUGAGGUACGAUGCCGAAGAAGAAAGCGGUAG